UUAAAACGCAACAUCGUUUUCGUAAAGUGAAGCAGAAUUAUUUUCAAUCAAAUAGGCAAUUAUAUUAAAAUUCAAAUGCUCGCUGAUAUAGGAGAAUCUUGUGCGAAAAUUCCACAACGAUGGAUCUUUGCGAUAAUGUGCUUCUUGGCAUUAUUCAAUGCAUUCGCAAUGCGUGGGUGUCUAUCGAUUGCUAUUACGGAAAUGGCACUGCCAACAACAAGUGCUGAAAAUACUUUUCACGAUACUUGUCCAUCUAGUGAUGUGAAAUUACCCAAAAACGAUAGUAACAGCAGCUCUGAACAUUUUAAAGGAAUAUAUGACUGGAGUGAAUAUACCCAGGGUCUUAUCCUCUCGUCCUUUUACUGGGGCUACGUUGUAACGCAUCUUCCAGGUGGCAUGCUUGCUGAAAAAUUCGGUGGUAAACAUACCCUCGGCUUCGGGAUCCUUCUCACAGCCGUUUUCACCCUUCUAACGCCCUUUGCCGUAUACAGGGGCGAUUCGACGGCCCUCAUUAUUUUGCGAAUACUCAUGGGUCUGGGCGAAGGGACGACCUAUCCGGCUAUCAAUGUUUUACUAGCCCAAUGGACUCCACCCGAGGAAAGAUCCAGGACAGCUUCGUUCGUAUACGCGGGAGCGCUGAUCGGUAUUAUAUUUACGACAACGGUAUCAGGUUGGAUCUUGGAGUACUCGGACAUUGGUUGGCCCCUGGUCUUUUACGUCAUGGGUACAAUCGGUAUCAUUUGGUUUCUCAUAUGGUUGCCGGCGUGUUACAAUAGCCCCAGAGAUCACCCCUUCAUUUCCGAAAAAGAGGUGAAUUAUCUGAAAGAACGAAUGAACGAGCACACUCACGAGAAGCCACCGGCGGUACCUUGGCGACACAUCCUAGUGUCGAAACCCCUUUGGGCGGUGAUAAUCGCCUUAAUUGGCUUCAAUUGGUCCAUCCUCAGUAUAAUCACGGAUUUGCCCAAGUACAUGAGCGGAGUACUCAAGUUCUCGGUAGCAAACAACGGCUACCUCACCUCCCUUGCCUACCUUUGUAUGUGGAUCGGCGGGAACACGAGUCCCUGGCUCGCCGAUUACCUCAUCGCCAAGAGGAACGUGUCGAUGACGAAGGUGCGGAAAUUCGGCUCUGUGGUAGCUCUGACCGUCUCGGCGACCUUCAUCAUCGCGGCCUCUUACGCGGGCUGCGAUCGCGUCCUCGUCGUCGGCAUGUUGACCGUCGCCAUGACCAUGAUGGGCACGGCUUAUCCGAGCGUCAUGGUCAAUCCACUGGAUCUCAGUCCUAAUUACGCCGGAACUCUCAUGGCUAUGACGAAUGGCCUAUCGGCACUCACGGGCAUCGCCGCGCCCUACAUCAUUGGCAUAAUGACGCCCCAUCAGACUCUGGGAGAGUGGCGGCUGGUGUUUUGGAUUUUGUUUGCCGUCGCACUCCUUACUAAUGUUAUAUUUCUGGUUUACGGGAGCGGCGAUGUGCAGUACUGGAAUGAUCCGCAAUUCGUCGUUCGGAAGGACGGUGAUCAAGAGAUACGAGGAUCGGUUGAAGAAGUGUGUUCGUGAGUUCUUCUAUUUAUUCUGUUAACGUAUUUAGUGAUGUUACGCGAACUUUUAUCGAUAAGAGCUUGAGUAUAAAAAAUUAUCACUUGAUUUACAAUAAAUAAAUAGUUUAUACUGUAAGAGACGGAUAAAUGAUAUAAAAAAUUACGCCGUACAUUUUCGGAACGGCUAUUGUAUAUAAGUGUAUGAAAAUGAAUUAGUA